AUGGACGACGGCCGCGAGAAACAGAAGUCUGCGGCUGCGCAGGAAGAGUCUGAGCAGCAGCCUCUACCACAGCAGCCGCCGACCAUCACUGAAGACCAGAGGCAAUACAUCCGAUCGCAGUACAAACGGGGCCAAGACAUGAAGGCGGCGCAGAGGGAACACGACUUCGAGGACCGGCGCACACGCAUCGCAGAGAUGCUGCUGCCGGAGAACCGCGGCAAGCCCGUCAUUAUCAACAGCCGCGAUGAGUACCUUGCCAUGGAUGCUGCGUACAAGUCUCUGUCCAACAAGACCGACAUGGAUGGGCAGACCAUGGAGGGCUACCCGGAGACUGACGCCGACUGGGUGACUCUAACUACUCGCCUUGCAGUCGCCAUCACUGACUUCACAAACGUCUUGGACAAGCCCCAGAAUGAUCAGCUGGGCGACGGAAACACCGCAGUGCAAACGGUCAAGUCUCUCUCCACUUUGGAAGUGCAGCUUCUCGCUGGCAAGAUUCUCGUGGCCACCUGUGACGCCCACGUCGGCCGUUACAACAUCCCGUCCUGGCCAAAGGUCUGGAAGAUGGACCGGUACAUGAGUUUCGAGGAGCGACUCAGGGAUGUUUGCAGUGCUCUCACACACAGCAAGGCGAUCGUGAAGAGCAUCAUGGAUGCAGAGGUUCCCUUCGCCACGAAAUUUGUCACAGCCCCUCGCAGCGAGUUAGAGGCCAAGAAGGACAACAAGAUGCAGGACGACAAGACGGCGGAGAACAAGAAGCAGAUGGAGAAGCGACCCUGCGAGGACGACGGCAGCGGCGACGAUGACGGCGAUACCGGCACUGCUCUACAUCAGAGCUCUGGAGUGCAGAAGUUCAAGCCGCGAAAGCGUUCCUACAUCAUGACGGAGAGCGCCGCCCGGAUCUUCAAGGAUCUUCACUACCGUCCGGCCAAGGGCGGAGCUGACAAUGACCGGGGCGAUCAGAUCUCGACCAACGACGGCCUCGUCAUCUGUGGACCCCACGACGAUCCUCUGGGCCCCGACGACGAUCCUUUCGGCCCCGUCGAGGAUGUCCCCAACGCCGGCCCUCCUGUUGACCGCGGAGGAGACUAA